AUAUGACGAUCUUGUAAGAGCAGCAAUCAUCCUGGGUUCAUCAUACAAUAAUGACACGCUGUUUCAACCAACAAACACGAUGGUUGCUGCAUUUGCCAGGAUUAGCACAUCAUUGACCUCGCGCAUUGCUGCACUGCAAGCUGGUUUCAAUGUGCUUGACUUUCCACUCUUCAAGCAGCUAGUGGACACGCUGAUGGGUAAUGACGAGUACGGUCGCUACUGCUAUCAGAAGUACAAGGAGCUGGGUAAGGGAAUUUUCGGCCAGGCUUUCGAUUCGGCCUGGCAGUGUGUGGACAACGAGUACGAGCGUCUCGAAUACUUGAAGACCACCCUCGAGCUAAUGGCCAACCUGUUGACUAUCGAUUAUGAUGAUGUGUCAACACACUUAAACAAUUGUAAUCAACUUGAAAGUGGAGAUAAUUUUAAUAACUGCUUGGCAGCGCUCGCCAACUUCUAUACGAAUCUGUUUCCCCAAACUGCCAAUAAGAUUUCCGCCAUCUAUCAACUCGCCACAAAUGAGGCCGAAGCUAGUGAGAACCGUAUCCUUAUAUGCAUCGAGCUGGUUUACAUACAAGGAACUGUCAUUGAGUCGCAGAAAAUCUCCGACAAGCUGGCAAUCUGUAGCCGAGACGGCCCAAAGGGUUCGGAUUAGGUAAAACGUGGAGAUAACAAAUAACAAGUAUAAAUAAACACAACGACGCUAGCUGAGCACUGCUUCAUGCUUCAGCUAGGAAAAAAUGUA